CAGUCGUGAGAUGUUCAAUAAAUGGCAAGCUCAAAGAUGGUGGUCUGAGAACUAUGACAAGGUUAUGGAAUUAUACAAUGUUCAGAGGUUUGAUCACCAGGCAGUACCGUUACAAACUCCAUCAAGGUCCGUGGAUGAGAACUUAAAGAUUGAAUCUGCUGAGGACAGCCCUGUGACACCACCACUCAGCAAAGAGCACCUACCCCGCAACUUCCACUGCCCUACUGGGAUGGGCUACUCUUCAUCAGAUUCAUUCGACCACAACCCAAUCCAAUCCCUUCAUUACCAUGAUGCAGGUGGUCUUGCUUCAACCCCAAAACUCUCCAGCAUCAGUGGUGCAAAAACCGAGACAUCAUCAGUUGAUGCUUCUGCAAGGACUAGCUACUCAAGAGAGGCAGAUCACUCAGGGGAGCUGUCCAUGAGCAAUGCCAGUGAUUUGGACACUGAAUGGGUUGAACAGGAUGAGCCAGGAGUCUACAUCACUAUCAGAUCAUUGCCAGGUGGCACUAGGGAGCUUAGACGUGUCCGAUUCAGCCGAGAAAGGUUUGGGGAAAUGCACGCAAGAUUAUGGUGGGCUGAGAACCGAGCCAGGAUACAAGAACAAUACUUGUGAUUUAGACAACUUAUAAGGUGGUGAUCUUCGAGAUUGUGUUUCCUUCUCUAAUUUAGGUGUUUUAUCUUGACACACGGUUUUUCUCCCUCUUUUCUCUUUCCCCACUUUUUUUUUCAUCUUAAUCUCCUUUUUUUUUCAAUUUUUUUUUUUUUUGGAGGAGGAAGAGCUGUUUAGGGGGUUGGAUAAUGUGAAAUUGUUGGGUGCUUUUUAUUGUAGUCAAGAUAAUUCAGAUAUUGCAAUGAUAAAUCCAUUUUCAUAGUAAUAUAUGCUAUUCAUUUGAGUUUA